CGGUAAGAACACUAAUUUCAAAAUCUCGUUGUCUUUACAUGACAGUGUUAUAGUGUGCGUGGCCUCAACUGAGUUGAAACUACCUUAUAGCGCGCGUAAAUUUUUGUAUGUGCCUUUGUAGCCAUUGUAACUUAACAAAAGUUUGUGAAAUUAUUGUUAGCUACGAAAAAUGGAUGAAACAGUAUUAUUUCCCUCACCUAACUGGUUCCAAGUAUCAGGUUUAGUAGUGAGCAACGAUGGUUGGCUAGCUUACGGCGGUCCAAGCAAAAGUCUUUGUGUCUUGAAACCCGUGCCAGCUGAUGGGAAUGGGGUAGUUGAAGGUGCCGAGCAAUAUACUGCACACGUCUUAAACCGAGCACAUCCGGACAAGAUUGUAAGUUUAGACAUCUCACCAGAAUGGCCGGAGAAGAAGCUGUUGCUGACAGGAAGCGCAAGUGGCUCUGUAAAGCAAUGGAGUUUAGAGGAUGCCAACGUUGGAAUCAAAUUCAAGUCCAAUCUUAGUCAUGACAUUCACACUCAUGAAAAAGAGGAAAUAAUUGGUGUAGCGUACAGCAAUGAGGUGUAUGCUGUAACUGUGGGCAGUUUCGGCAACAUUGUGAAAUGGGACCUAAACGCCAAUGUGGUGAAAACAUUCAAUAACAUGCUAAAGACGUCCAAGCCAACUUGCAUGGCCUGCUCCCACCACAUUACGUUAAAUGUGGCCAUUGGUACCAAGCAGGGAGUUCUUUUUGUGGUGGAUUUGACUGGUGCUGGCAGCCUUAUCUACAAAGUACGCAGUCAGGAUGACGAAAUCAUGAAUGUGAGCUGGUGUCCUCAAUAUGAAGUCCAAGUUGGGAAAUCCGUUGACGAAUCCCAAAGAACUGGCAUUGUUACUGAAAAACCUAGCAAGUUGAAGCUAAAGAAAGGGGCAACUCAAAAAGAGCCUCAGAAAUAUAGUGCCUCUGAGAGAAUGGAAAGAAUUAGACAGCAGGAGGACCUAGAAGAAAAAAAUACUUCUGGAAUCAAAAAAGAUCUUCCCCAAGAUAGUUUUGAAGAUUUUGUAGUUGUUCCUGAAGAUGACAUGUUUGAUAUUUAUAAAGAUCAUGAAGCAGAUGAAUUUGGUCAUAAAAAAUAUCAACCGGAGGAUAUAUUAGUAAAAAUCAAGGAACCCGAGGAACAGAAUGAUUAUUUGGCUGAAUGCUUGAAGCUUAAAGAUGCCAUACUAAAGAAAAAGAAUGAACCAGAGCCCUCAAUUGAGUCAUUAGUAGAGGCAUUGGAGAAAAGUGAUUUAAACAGUGAGAGUGGUCCAAAGGAAGAGGUACCUAGUGGUAGUAAGGUUAUUAGUGAUUCUAGUCAUGAAGAAAUCAAUAGUAAAGAGGAGCAAGAGGAAUCUAGUUCCGUGUCUAGUGUCCACAUGCAUAAACAUUUGUUAGCAACAAUUGGGAAACAUGGUGGUGUCCGCAUCUGGUCAAAGACAGGCAAGCUCGUGGCCAGCUGCGCGUUGAGCGCCGGCAAGCAACAAGGCCGCUUCAGGAACUCCUGGGCCACGCUGGUUUGGUGCCAGCCUGAGCUGCUGCUCAUAGCUGAUGGGAAGAACCAGUUGUUGGAAUGCAAUCCAUUGAAGCCUGAUUGCAAGAACAAGCUUGUAACAAAGUUAAUUCACAACCUACACAAGCGCGGCUUACACUGCGUGGCCACCAACGCUUGUCGAGCGAACACCGCCUCGCCCGUCGCUUGGAGCGCGUCACAGGACCGCUCGCUCGUCCGCUACAGCCUGCGCGACCGCUCCACCGCCGUGUACAACACGUGCGGGGGCUUCGUCUACAACGUGCAGUACUGCCCCUAUGACGUCAACAAGGUGGCGGUGAGCGUUGGCGACGGCGCCGUGCGCGUGUGGACGGCCGAAGAGUCUGAAGAAGCGGAGGGCAAGCUGUCGGCCGGCCGGGUCGUCACCUACUGGCAGCACGUGCAGGGCAAAGUGCUCACAGUAGCCUGGCAUCCUACCAAGGAGAACUUGCUGGCGUUUGGAACUGCUGAAUCUAGGGUCGGACUGAUCGAGGCAGGGUUUGGUGAGCGGCCGGCGCGUACCCUUGGUUCAGGGCUGUCCGGCGGCGUAUACGCACUAGGCUGGGGCGCCGAGCGUCUCUACGCAGCCGCGCGCCAGGAGCUCAGGGCCUACUGCACGGACCGCCCCGAUGAAUCGGGAACUCCAGUGCCGGUGUCAGUGGAAGGCGCCUCGUGGGGCGUGACGGCCGUGCGCGUGCGCGACGGGCUCAUGUGUGUCGGCAGCGACGCGGGCGGCGUGGCCGUGCUACGCGAAUUAGAAUCGACGCUGCUGGCGGCCACCUUCGUGGGCAGUAAAAUGAUCCACACCAUCGAAUGGCACCCGCAGCAGACGUCUUUCGCCAACGAGGAGUCUCCGCACAAGAAUUUGAUCGCCGUGUGCUCACAGGACAAGGCGAACGCAGUCGUUAUAUUAGAGUAUAUCGAUAAGGAAGAAAACCAGCCGAAGUUGAUUGAAUUCAAGAGACUCAUAGGACACACGAACACUGUUUUGCAAGUGGCGUGGAGUCCGCAUUAUGAUAUGAGACUGUUGUCCACUUCGCACGAUGGCACCGUGAGGGUAUGGGACGUAACCUCGGGCACUUGCGUGUCGAUAUUCGGCGGGCACGGCGGCACGGCGCUGGGCGCGGCGUGGGCGGCGCCGGCCGCGCUCUCGCACCACGUGCUGUCCGGCGGCGCCGACUGCUGUCUGCGGCUGUGGGACGCGCGCCGGCACACCGCCGAGGCUUACGUAGAAACGAAAGAAGAAGCGCCGAAGAAAGACAAGAAGAAAAAGAAAGACAAAAAGGAAAUCAAACCUGAAGCCGCGGCCGAAGAUUCCGAAACUGCAGACACUGAAAGCAACGGUGUAGCGGCCACCUUAGAAUCGAAAGUGAAGAUUUCCAAGAAGUUCCUGCUCCCAACCAUCACUAAACAGAUGCAAAAGCCAAAGACGAAGGGAGCCAAGAGGUUGCUCCACAAUUUCAUGGUAAAGAAGAAUUUGGAGACGGCUGUUGAGAAUACUGAGGAAUAUGAUCUCGAUUAUAUCAAGAUGUUCGGGAAUUCGAAGGAGGUUAAUGAAAUAUUCGAUAUGGAAAUGGAGCAUCACCUGCGCGUGGGCAACACUGAAUCAUGGCUAGUGCUGUGCGUGCUGCGCGGACAUAUUGACGCGGCGCUGCGCCUCGCCGCCGAGCGCGACCUGCUCUGUCCCUACCUGCUGAGCCUCGCGCCCGGCGUCUCUUCCAAGUACUGGAAAGACGCGUGUAAAUUGUAUUUGGCUCAAAUAGAUCGACUCGUCGCUAACGGCGAGGAAGAGAAAUUAGUCGUGAACAAGAACUACGGCGGGCCCGUGUACCGCAAGGUUCUGACGAUGCUGAGUCUGCAGGACGUAAUCGGUGCGGUGAAGACCCUCGUCGAGAAUAAACUGUACAAGGAGGCCUAUUUGCUGUGCCGGAUAAGAUAUAUGGACACAAUUGGAGAGGAAGUCCUGCAGUCAUGGGCCAAGAACUGCCUCCACUCUGGAAUGUUCGACAUGGCUGCUGUAUGCCACCUCGCCCUGGGCAACCUGCUGGAGGCGGCGACGUGCCUCAGCAAGUGCCCCCACACCGACAACCUGAGCCUCGCCGCGGAGCUCGCGCGCGCCGCCGGACAGACCAUCCUUGCUGACAACCUCAUAGGUAGGACGCUGAACACCCCUGGGUGUCCUGACGUGGCGACGGAACUCGACAAGAUGCUGCCUUCCAGGGCCGAGUUGUUCUUGCGAGAGGUGCAGAGCAUCGGAGGUGCUGACGGAGACAACGGGAAAGAUGAUAAUGAAUAGGUUUUUAAAAGUCGCGCGAUGCGUCUAGAACGCGAACCGCAUAUUGUACAGACAUCCUGGUGGCGAUACUGGCGGGUUACUCCUAUUAAGUUGUUUUCGGUGGUACACUGACAAUUUGGUAUAUCAACCUGGUGAGAAGGACCCGUACUGACGGAUUCCUGAAUAUGAUAUGUACUUGUAUAAAUUUAACUGUCCAUUCCUGUGUACUUCUGGCCUCCUGAGACCCAAAAGCUUUGCAAAAGUUUUGUUAUUGAAUUUGGAACUCUGUUAAUGAAUAACAGAGUAACAUAACCUGCGAUACACAAGAAAACUGAACUCUUUCAUGCAGAUACUUUCUGUGGCGUUGGCCCUGUGUCAAUACUUUAUGAUUUCGAUUCAGGCCACAAGCUGGCAGACCCACCAACGCGGCAAAAAAAAGAAGAAAAAAUAUUGUUCCGUUUUGGAACUCUGUUAUUCAUUGAAAGUUCUAAAUAGAUUUUUUGAAUAUGUAAACUUUCACCGGCUGGUACCGGGGGUCUUAGGAGUUUCUAGUUAUACUCUUUAUAAUAUAAAUUUGAACUCUGUGUUGCCCGUUGAAGCCUAGUGGCGCUGUGUACUGUUUCUUGUCGGAUUGUAUAUAAACAUCCAUAUCAUAAGUGUUAAUGCUCCGAAAUACCUAUGAGGUUUUUAUUUAUAAUUGUUUUUAUUAACGUACACAUGUAUAUGUAUAUUAAAAUAUUAAGGAGGAUUCAAUUUCCUAUUUUAUUUAUCUACUUGUACUUUUUCAAACACACUUUUUUAUUGUAUGAUCUUUAAGUAUUCAUGUCAUGUUAAACUAGGCUUGUGAUGUGAUGUAUUGUUUAAGUUUAAUUGUGAAUAAAAUAAUGUCUGUUCUCA